AUGUGUUGUUCAAAUAUUGUUCACUGACUCGUAAAGUAGUCGGCCUCACAUUAUACUCGCCAUAUUGUUGGGAAUAUCCCAAUUUGAUUCGGUUUCAUUACUGAACUGACAACUAAUUUGUAUUCACCACACAAGUUAACUGGAAAAUCUCAAAGCGGAAGGGUUUCCUGUUUUUAUUAUGGAGUAAGUUGGUGAAAUCCAUCAUAUGAAAGUUGUUGACAUUUUGAAUGUCCUGAUCGUAAACUUGUGAAUCCAAAACCGUUAACCUGUGAAGCUCACAACAACACGACGAAAUCAACUGCAAAUGAAAAAGAAAUGGCCAUGGAUAAUAAAGAAUGUUUGGUUUUUCGUCUUAGCAAGUUGUUGGUCCUUUUCCUUUGGAUUGGAAAAGCCUCAGCAGAGCUCGCUCAUACCGAACCAAAAUUCACUGCGGAGCCGAAAGAUGCCUACGCAGUGGAAGGGAAACCCGUCACGUUGCGUUGCCGGGCAACAGGAAGCCCAGCUCCAAGGUUUGGCUGGCGGCGAAAUGGAAUUGAUCUCGUGUUUGACUUCAGCGCGGCAGAAAAGCUCUCAAGCACAGGGGACCUUACUAUCACAAAAUUCGAUAAAUCCCAUGUUGGGCGCUAUCAAUGCGUCGUCAAGGUGAUAUACUCAGCUGUGAGCUUGACAAUUUUGAGUCGAACAGCAAACAUUCGUUUAGCUGAGUUUCCUUCCGCAUUUAGCAACGGUCCGGAACCAGUAACCGGUUAUGUAGGCGGCUCGGUUCGUCUACGGGUCAACAUAGAAAAUUUCCAACCUGCACCUAGAGUGGCAUGGCUUUACCGUGGGAGCUCUAAUCUGUUAGGUACAGACCCGAAGUACACUGUUCUGCCACAGGGCGUCGUUCAGAUCAGUAAUAUCGGUGUGGAAAACAAAGGGGACAUCCAAGCUAUUGCAAUGAACCCGGUCGAUGGUUCCCAAAUGAGAAGCAAAUUUGUCACAGUCACCGUUCUUUCUGCCAAUCAGAGGCCGCCAUCAAAAUCUUCCUCCUCCACCAUCAACUUGAUUGGUAAGCCGCAAGACAUUCAGCUGAAGUGGGGCAGAAGUACAAUCCUAGAAUGUCUCGCGGAUGCCCCCGGCACUGUCAGCUAUUCCUGGCUGAAAAACGGUCUACCCUUGCAAAUGACAGGGAGGUACUCGAUGUUUGGUCCGGGCAAUCUUAAAAUAACAACUGCUACAGAGCAGGAGGCUGCGAAGUAUACUUGCAAGGUUCAAAGUGGAGGAGCAGAAAUGACAGCUGAUGCAACUGUGUCGGUGAUUGUUCCACCGCAGUUCCAAAUCGUUUCGCCUUCGCCAAUCUAUGGCGAGGUCAGUGGUUCCGUCACAAUGAACUACAAAGUAAUUGGAACACCAGCUCCAAAAAUCAGCUGGAUGAGAGACGGCGUGGCGCUGCCGGCGGACGCCAGUUAUAUCAUUUUCGGCGACGGGACCAUGACGGCAACCGGGUUGAUAUAUUCCGAUUCCGGGAUGUACCAGGCAUUUGCGAGCAACGAGGCGGGCGAGGCACAGAUGUCGGUGGAACUGAGGAUCCGGAGGACUGGAGAAGUUGUUACAACCACACCGAUUCCGACAAGCAAGCCAGGGGGUAGCACUCUCACUCCAGGAAAGCCGAAAAACGUCAAUGCUUAUGCCAAAGCACCAACAGAAAUGUUUGUCUCCUGGCAACCACCGGACAUCACGAAUGGCGAGAUAACCUCGUAUAAGAUCGUGUAUUUUCCUACUCUAGAAUUCACAAAAUUCAAAACUGAAACGAUAAGUGGCGAUAGAACAUACACAACAAUAAAAGAUUUGGAGCCGAAUACAGAGUACAGUAUCAAAGUUGGUGCGAUUAACAAAUAUGGGACAGGCGCCUUGUCAACAAACUACAUCGCCAAAACAGGUUCAUCCACCACAAAUGUCGUUUCAAGUGUUACCACUGGAACGAUUACGUCAUCGAGCAUCCAGUUGAACUGGGCAGCCCCAAGUGGUUCGAGUGUCACCAAAUAUGUCGUAUAUUACUCGAAUGUGGAUGCAACCACCUCGACAGUCAGUUCAGUGGAGACAACCUCAACAACCGUUAUGGUGAACAACUUACAACCAUCAACAAAUUAUGAGUUUUGGAUCAAAGCAUUUAGUGGCGAUUCAAGUGGACCGGUCUCAACAAGAUACAAAUUUAAGACUCAUUCGGCAACUGCCUCCACCGCAGUGGUCAAUCUACGCAUUGCCUCAAAAUCCUCCUCCAUGGUCUACCUCAAUUGGGAUGUCCCUGCGGGUGUCCCAAAACCUGACGGCCAUCGACUCGUUUUUGUCGACCUCGAUCACGCUCCUGCCUCACCAAGCGAGCUUGUACUUGGAGCCGUUAACACUGUGUUCAUCCAAAAUCUGAAAGCGUCCACUAACUACAAGUUUAAGGUUGUCCCAUAUCUAAACAAUGUUGCCGGGACAACUUCAAAUGAAGUUACAGCGAAGACAGAUGUAGGAGUUCCAAGUUUGGCCCCCAAAGGGCUACAAGUCGUCUCCCCCACAACCUCCAGUCUCACUAUCAAAUGGACGCCAAUGACUGAAAGCGAGGCUAAUGGGCCCAUUUUGGCUUACAACGUGAAAUAUAAAAUCGUUGGUGUGAAGUCGUCAACCCAAAUUAAAACAAUCGCGGCGCCAUCUACUUCCAUUACAACCAUAUCAAAUGUCUUGGGUGGCCUAAACAGCGACACGGAGUAUUCCAUCAGAAUUGCUGCAAAAACGUCUAAAGGGGUCGGACCAUUUUCAUCUGCGGUCAGAGGACGGACUAAGAAGGAAGGAGGCCCUAGCGCACCUCUGAACUUCUUGGUUCAAAUCAAUCCUGCGUGGCCAAGGCAACUUAUAUUGAGUUGGAAGGAGCCUACCUCGUCUUCAGAUUCAAUUCGCCGAUAUGAGAUCUAUCAAAGUAUCGAAAAAGAGGCAUGGGAAAAGAAUGAAGUGGCCCGUGCUACAAUGAAGCUGAAUGUGACGUCAACGAGGCCUGGUAGCGAGUAUAGAUUCAAAAUACGAGCACGUGAUGCCAUCACCUGGGGACAAUUCACUGAUGUGUUGACGGUGAUAUCAAUGGACGAUACAAUUGCACCUGGGCCAGUAAGAAAUCUGCAGAGUAUUGCGACUACGCGUGGUCUGACUGUCACUUGGAAGGAGCCUGCUAAUUACAGACGUGUUUAUGUGUCUGGAUACGAGGUUAUAAUAAGGGACAAGACGGAGCCUGGGAACGUAUUUGACGUCAUCAAGCUCGAUGGCUGGAGCUCCCAGAGUUACGUAAUUUCGAAAGGAGUCAAGUCACAACACACCUACGAAUGUAUUGUUAGAGCUGUCAAUCAAAAGGGGUUGAAGAGCACACAAGAGGUGACAACUGUCGUAGCUCCUAUUGCAACACCCGUCCUCAAGAUCGACCACGUGGCUGUUAGAAAACGAAGCAUAACUUUCAAUUGGACAGACGAUCUUGGAACGUCGCGUUCGAAAUAUUUUGUAACGUACACGGCAUACGACGACGAAGGCCGGGGGGAAAUGGUCAGUCUUGAGGCAUUCAAGCCAAUGAUAACGAUCAAAGGAUUGACCCCCUUCACGCAGUACAGAUUCAGCGUUGACAGAGAAAUUGCAAUGGCAGGGACGGGGGCAACCAUCAUUAGAACAACGAUGCCCGAUUUUCCCAGUGCCCCUGUCGACGUCACAGCUCGCAGCAAUGACACAUGGGUUCUUCUAAACUGGCAGGUGCCCCUCUACCCCAAUGGGGUGAUAAAAACCUACAAGAUUCUGUAUACCGCUGACAACACAGAAAAUGAUAAACAAAGAAUAUCAAAGGAUGUUGGAGGUAACAUAAUGACUUACAACGUCACUGGUCUUACUACCGGCACUUUAUAUUACUUCAAUGUCAUUGCUGUCAAUGAUGUUGGCGAAGGCCCUAAGUCAGAGACUGCUGUUAUUCAAACAGGUGCUGGCCGUCCGGUUUUUGUUGCUCCGGGUGGAAAAGUGAAGCCAGGCAGACAAGAUCACCACCCCGACGAUCUCGAUAGUAAGCUUUGGUGGAUAAUUCUGGUCAUUGUUUUAUUGCUGCUACUUCUCCUGCUUUUGUUGCUGUUGUUGUAUUGCUGCUGCUGCAGAAAGAAAGGACAAGCCUGCUGCCCAUGCUGUUUUGCUUGCUAUGAUAAAUACUGUCUGCCAUGUUUGAUUUGCCUCUUUCCGUGUUGCUGCAAAAAGAGGGACGGGGGAAAAGGUGCCUACGUUGCUACACCUGUAAAUGGAUUCGGCAAGGUGAAGAAAGACGCUCCCCCGGAUUUGUGGAGAGGUGCUGGCGGUGGUGCAGCUGCAAUGAGAGUUCAAGAGACAGAGCUUCAGCCUCUGAAAGCAAAUGAAUUCGAGACUGCUGUGCCAGUCAUGGGAGGCCUUGCCGCUGAUUCUUACCACACCGCAGCAUCAAACGGGUCGCUGAACAGCAGCAGAAGUGGUGCAGGUGUUCGAGUUGCUGUCCCUGGAGACGCCACAUUCAUUUCAUACAAAACGAGUCUGAACGACUACUGCCACAAAACGGGAUGGUUGCAGCCUCAUUACAACACAUUCCAAGAAAAAGGAGGCCACAUCAGCAAUGUUGUCUGCGGAGGACACCAGUAUGGUGGCGUAGGUGAUCUGGGAGCUAGCAGACAAGAGAGCGAACAGAGAGCGGCGUUCUUCGCUCUUCAGGGAAUCGGCGCUUUGGCCAUAGCUGCAAAAUUUGGUGCUGAUGCGAGUAUUACGGUGCCCAGUCCAGGCGAGCAGUCUUUUAUAUCCUACAAAUGCAGUUUGCAUGACUUUUGCCAACAAUGCAACAUUCUCCCUCCGAGGUUCACAACAACAGUUCAAAGUCAAGGUUAUGGGUCACAGGUAAAUGUCGGGAGUUACACCUUCACCACUGACACUCCUUCGCACAGUUCACAGGACGCUGAGCAGAAAGUGGCCUACACUGCUCUGCAUGGUCUUUCCAUGAUGGAGUCUUCGGCACAGUACAGUCCUAAUGCUUGCUUCACAGUUCCCGGUCCAGGCGACGCCAGUUUCAUUUCAUUCAAAAGUAGUCUACAUGACUUCUGUCAGCGGUAUAAGCUUCCUCCUCCACAGUACAUCACAACACAGAUGGCCCAAGGAUACUCCGCAAAGCUGAAAUUUGGUGGCCUCUUUUUCCAAAGCAGUGAUUAUUUCACUACGAGGCUUGAAUCUGAGCAGCACGCAGCUUUCGAGGCCCUUCAAGGCCUAGGGCUUUUGGAUUCAGGAGUAAAGUUCGGCUCAGGCGAUACAGAGCGGGUUUCCUCGCGUCAAGGCAGCCAAUUGUCUUUAUCAAGUGCUGGUGGAGAAGGAAGAGGUCUGGGAUCUAGAGCUGCCAGUCAUUCACGUCACGGCUCUGCUUCACAGUUGAGCUACACAUCGUCAACGCAACAAACCUCUGAAUCGUCUGCGCUUUAUCGAUCGGAAACUACGCAAGCCCAGUCUGAAUUGAUUGCCGGUUACGGCGGAGCAGCACCAGGGAUAGGCGGAGGAGCAUUAGGGAUAGGCGGAGGAGCAUUAGGGAUAGGAGGAGGAGCAUUAGGGAUAGGCGGAGGAGCAUCAGGAAUAGGCGGAGGAGCAUCAGGAAUAGGCGGAGGAGCAUCAGGGAUUGGCGUAGUAUCAAGUAUUGCUGGAGGAGCUAGUAUAAGUGGAGGAACGGUCAAUGGGUACAGUGGAAGUCCUGAAGGAAAAACGAUUUUCAUUUCGAAGACGACAAUACCACGUGUCGAACGAAGUAACUCAUACGGAACUGCGGAGCGGACACUUGAAAAGUCGUCAGAAAGUCGGUUUGGGAACGGAAUGAGUUACACCGUGUCGUACCAGCAUUCGACUGUUCGAAAUGUAUCAACGUUACCAAGGAAACAACAGUCGUAUACUUCGUCAAAUGGCGGCUAUUCUCAGUUUUCAAGCGCAACAACAAAACUAGGCAGUAAUCGACGAGCCUACAGCAGCUCAACUGCGGUGAAUGAUGAUGGCGGUCACAAGGAUUUCCCUGAAGUCAGAUCAUCAAGUCAUCCGGCCUUAACGGAUCUUGAAAGAGAAAUGGCCGGGCUGGAAGGCCUAAUCAAGGAUUUAAACGGCAUUACUGCAUCACAACAAGCCGUCCAAACUUAAGAUACGAGUAAGAGGUAUCCAAAAAAACUCGCAACUCAUCGCAUUUUCUCAAAUAUUUAUGAUUUUUAUAAGAAAUUGAGUUAUUUAUACGGAAAAACGGAUAGGUUUGACACUAAAUUGUAGGGCUUUUACCUCAAUAUUAUCGGACGGUUUUACUUAUGGGUCAUUUUCCAAGUAGUGUAGGGCUGUCCGCCUUUGUCGAUUCGUGAAUGUGUGUCUUAUGAAAUCGUACCACGAGACUUUUUUAGAAUGAGUAGUUCGUAAAUAUAUAUUUCACUUUAAUAGGUACAUAUUUGUUUAUAGUUCUUGUAUGUAAGUAUUGAUGUAUGUAAGAUUGUAAUUUUCUUUCUAAAAGCACUUUAGGUUCUUUUCACCUCUUCUGUUUCCUAUUUUUCUUCGUAUUUUCAACUUUGCAUCCUUCUCCUUAUUUGCAUCCAUCCUUUUUCAUUGCGAACCGCUAAAAUGUUCUUCACUCAUUUCUCAUUUUUCCUUCAGACCUUUUUUAACUUGCAUUCUAAAUUUAUUCUGUUUGUUCUCAUUCCUCUAUCAUUUAUUUUCUUUUUUUUAGUUUCGUUUCUCCUUCUUUCUUUUUUCCAAUUUCUUCUGUUUUUUACAUUUGGCAAGUUUUUUUGUAUUUUUCCUACCUUCAAUUUCCUUCUUCGUCUUUUCUCUUCUCCAAGCAGAUAUUAGGAUGGCAAUCAACAGAUCACCUUUGACCGGACCUACCAAAUUUCACCUAUGACCUUAUCUAUCACCUGUGACCUUAUCUAUCACCUUUGAGUGUCACUUAUUUUCAACUUUACCACAAAGGCUGUCCCGUUGAAUCAAUUGAGAGACAAAAUUGAAUGUCAAUAGUACAUUCACAUUAAAACAAAUAAACUUCCACAGUAUACCCAUUUCAGCUGUUUCCCUUCUUGUAAAUUUUUGCUUAUUAAAGAACAUUGUCCCAAAUAUUCUGAAAUAUUUUUUAGGAAUGUUGUUGCAAUUGUAAAUUUUUUGUGAAUUUAAUUACUUGUCGAAAUCUCGUACGAAAUAUGUCGGACGGUUUUUUAUCCUGUUCCUUUGUUGUUGUUGUUGUUGACGUAGAUCGGCCUAAUGCAUUUAAAAGGUCUUUUGUAAACGAAAACUCCGUAUUCACUGCAUUCUGUGACUAUUUGCAACCUCAUGCUUUAGGGUCAAUUUUAUGACCAUUUGCAGCAGAAACGUCAUUUCUACUUUCCAGACCCCCUCUCCUAUAAUUUCCAGACCCCCUCGUCCUUGUCAAAGAUUACAAAUUGCGUUAUAAACAGCAAUAAUGUUUCAGUGUCUUUCGUCAAAGGAAAAUCUCGUUUCGGUGGAUACCUCGCAUUCUUCUUAGUUCACAAUUGUUGUGCUAGGUAACGUCUUUUACAGCCGAAAGAAUGCGCCUCUUUACACGAGUAAAUAAGGCACUUUGGCCCCCUUGCCCCUCUUAUUAAAAGGCAACAGGGGCGGUUGAACCCUCGAGCCCCUCUCUUCGGCGUCCCUGUCUUUUACAGCCGUAAGAAUGCGCCUCUUUGCACGAGAAAAUAUUACUCACGUGAUAGACCCAUUGAAAGUUUUCGUAGAAUGAAGUGCCUCAGUUUCAUGCAAUUGUCUCGUUAUCAUAUCAGUGUCCAGUAAGAGCCGAAUGCGUUCAUCAUCUCAUGUUGCAUGUUAUACAAGUGCUGUCCAAAUUGUUUACAAUGAAUCACCAAUCCAAUUUACUGUGCUGUUCACGUUUUGCCGAUGUUGUUAAUUUUACUAAACUAUAUAAUGUAGAACCACAUUUUUUAGUGUCUUGUAUUUAAUUGUGUUAUUUCAACGUCGUGAAUUUUCGUUUGGAUAACAAUGAUCGCAUUCCAA